AGCAUGCCAUUCAGAGCUCCUCCAAAUGCCAUUGCUUGAAACACGUACAAGUGCCUGAGAUGGGCUCACAGCUAGCAGCAGGACAUGGGCUUCAAAUCCGCAUCCUCAUCCUCCUCACGUAGAUCAGUGCACACUCUUCAAGCUUGGCAGGGCGGCAGGUUUCUGACGUCACCAGUUGUGUCUGUAGUUUAAGGUACUGGGAAGAAAAGAAAUCUUUUCUCAGAAUCAGUUUUUAGGGAGUAUGGCACGCACAUAAAAGUUGAAACCAUUCGUGCACGUGUCGGGACUGAAGACUGAAAAGAAAACCAGCUAAAACCGAAUUAUUUCUCACUGCAAUUCUCCUUGUUUUCAUUCAUAAAUCCAACAGAACGUCAGACCAGGCUUUCAAACUUCAGGAUUGUUUCAUUUCCAAACACAAGCAUAUCCAGCUUCUACUAGGUUUUACUAAUUCCAUGUGUAUGUCGGAAAUCCUCAUUGCUGACAGGAUCAUUGAGGACUUCAGGACAGAAACUUAUAUUGCAGAAUCGGACUGAUUUAAUUUCACCUUUUCAAACGAUUGCCAAGCUGGGGAGCAAGGGUUCGAGACAGUAAACUUUUGGUCUUCAUUAAUUUGGGAAGACAGCAUGGCUUUAGAGAUAUCGACUGUCCCAUCCUUUUUUAGAAAUUACUCUGCAAGCCCCGUAAAUCAGUCAGGUCAUGAAAGAACAACAAGUUACACCAAUGUUAUCAUGCCUAGUGUAUUUGGAAUCAUAUGUUUUUUUGGCAUCAUCGGCAACUGUAUUGUGAUCUACACUAUUGUGAAGAAGAACAAACUCAGAUGCAAGCACACUGUUCCUGAUGUCUUUAUCUUUAACUUGUCCAUUGUGGAUCUUCUUUUCCUUCUUGGGAUGCCCUUUCUUAUUCACCAAUUGUUGGGAAAUGGAUCUUGGCAUUUUGGAGCAACUCUGUGUACUAUAAUAACUGCAAUGGAUACCAACAGCCAGAUGACCAGCACCAAUAUCCUCACUGUCAUGACCCUGGAUCGAUACUUGGCUACAGUUUAUCCACUGAAAUCUACUUAUGUGCGAACCCCAUGCAUUGCUGCUUUGGUAAUCUGCUUGGCAUGGCUUUUGUCUUUCUUGACUGUGAUACCAGUAUGGAUGUAUGCAGGUUUGAUGACCAUGAAUGAUGGCUCCAUCAGCUGUGCUCUCUUGCUACCAAAUCCUUCCUCUGACAUUUACUGGUUCACUCUUUACCAGUUCAUGCUGGCAUUUGCUAUUCCACUGGUUAUUAUCUGUGUCAGCUAUUUCAAGAUUUUGCAGCAUAUGUCUACAACAGUAGCCCCCUUGCCACAAAGGAGCCUAAGGGUUCGCACCAAGAAAGUCACCCGCAUGGCCGUUGCCAUUUGUUCUACUUUCUUCAUCUGCUGGGCACCAUUCUAUAUCCUCCAACUGGUGCAACUUGCCAUGGAUGAACCAUCAGUUGCAUUCUUCUAUGCUUACAAAAUUGCCAUCAGCUUAGGCUAUGCUAACAGCUGCAUUAACCCUUUCCUCUAUAUUGCCUUGAGUGAGACCUUUAAGCGCCAGUUUAUGGUAGCCAUUCGACCAGCUCAGGAACAGUUCAGGGUGAACAACAGUAUGACAGAAGCAAGUGUGUGUCUCAAAUUAGCAUCAGAAGCAACCAACCAUACACAGUUUUCAGGAGAGUAUUCCCAGAAUUCAGUGCCUGUCACAGUCGCUGUUCACUAAGUUAAUUUUAUUUCAACACUUCCUCCCACUGGCUGCUCAUCAGUGGAUCAUAGCUCAUCCAUCCACUGCUUCACUAAAGGCUGAGGAUCUCUCCCUGCCCUCUUUUGUCACUGAUGACAAGAAGAGUAUGAUAAUUAGCCUGCCCUAAGGGUGUAGGGGUGGUGGUUGUCUGCUGAAGCUGUCCGAAAAUUUCAUAUUUUUCCAGCACCAGGUAGAAGGCUAGUCAAAGAAGUGCUGGUUCACUUGUACUUUUGACUAAAUAGAACAGACUGCAACGACAGCAAAAAACACUUCAUCCAUGCAAAAAGGGUGUUUUCAUUAAGAAAUGAGUGGAUGUGAGCCAUAGCUUGAUGUGCCUUUGUGUCAGCAUGCCUGUGACUGUUUGGUCCUCAUCUGAAGAUAUGGCAUGUGCUUUUCUACUAUGACAAGAAAAGAGAGGGAUAUUCUUACAAAUAAAUCAGUACACAAUGUUACUAAAUGCAUCUUUUAAAAAAGCCUGUUAGUAUAAUGUGCCAUGGAUAAUACAUGUAAGAAGUCACAGAGAACUUGAGGUCAGCUGUACGUUAAACAGAACUGUCAGUUGUUAAAAGCUUCACAGGCAGCAAGCAAAGGUUAAAAACGAACAUAAAUGCAGGUGACAUAUCCUUGUUUAAAAUCUCUAAUGCAUUUCAGUGCACCUGCUAUGUGACAGAAAUGUGUUUGUAAUGAAUUAUCUCUUGCAUGAAUAAAGUAUAGGUUAAAGACUUCAGGCCAGUAUACUUUAAAAGCAUAAGAUUGUACCUAACAAUUUAUAAGAGGCUUGAGUGUGCCAUAGAUUGAAAAUUCUGCCUUGCAUUUUAAAGUUUAAAUAUUAAUUGUGUUCUGAAUGUAUCAGUGCAAUUUCUAUGUACUAUUGUUUAUUUUACAGAUGAUCUUGUAAAAUGAUGUUUGAUGUCUUAGUGUGGAUAUGGCCUGUAGCCCUUCUUUCGACUCCGGGUAUCCAUUUACAUUCAUUAUGUUACACAAAACAUUAAAAAGUUCCAGUAUA